AUGUUGGAAGAAAUCUUGAAAUACGCGACUGCGAUUCUACUACUUAUGAUACGACCCCCAUUAGAUGAAUUGAACUUACAGUUCGUCAAACGAGCUAAGACCGAUGGAGUUGUUAAGGUGAGAGGUUUGGGAUUGAAUGAGGAUUUCUUUGGGCGAGCUGACGAUUUGAGUGGAGCUGAAACUGAGAAGAUUGAACUAGAUAAUAAUAUGGAGAUAAUUGAUGAUAGUGAGGAAGAGAUUCCUUUACUUUCUAGUGAAUUGACACAAAGGACUUCUAAUUCCACGCCGUUGACAAGUCAGAAACUGAGUCAAACGCCAGUUAUCCAAAAGCCAGAUAUUAAGGAUAAACGUGAGAAAAAGGUCAAACUAGAUCCAGUGAAAGAAGUAAACACUCCUAAGAAAGUGAAUAAAGAAAAGACUUCUUCCAAAAGAAGUUCCAGUCCUGAUGUGAACAUCAACCAUACUGUUCCAUCAUCUGAACUAUCGGAGAUCAAUUCCCUCCAAAGCAACAGUCCCGAAGACAAUAUCCCUCAAGACAAUAAUCCUCAAGACAUCAAUUCUUCAGACAAUAAUCCUCAAACUGAUAAUUCUCAGAUCCAAAAGACCACACUACUAAAACCCAAAAUAAGAGGUAAGAAACUAUCUGACAUCCUUCAGACCAACGUCAGAGUAGGCUUGAACAAGAAAUAUCGUAUAGAGUCCCUACACAAACUCAAAAAACCUUUAAAUAGACCCUAA